GCGCAUUCCUUACAGUAAAACACAGUGAAUGAAAAGCACGCGUGUGAAAGCUAAUGUGAGCAUUAUAACUAGAGAAAAACAACACGCGUUGUGUUAAAUAUAGUCGGUCUUAUUGGCAAAAUGGUUCGCAAAUUGAAAUUUCACGAGCAGAAACUCUUGAAGAAAGUCGAUUUUAUUAACUGGGAGGUUGACAACAAUUUACACGAGGUUAAAGUGUUGAGAAAAUAUCAUAUUGAGAAGAGGGAAGAUUACACCAAAUACAACAAACUUAGUCGAAAUAUCAGAGAAUUGGCACAGAAAAUACGGGACUUGGACGAAAAGGAUGGUUUCAGAGCUCAAAGCACAGCCCUUUUCUUGGAAAAACUUUACAGUGUCGGUUUGAUCCCCACCAAACAGAACCUCUCUCUUACGAAUGAAGUCUGUGCAUCUGCAUUCUGCAGGAGACGGCUUCCCACAAUUAUGCUGAAACUGCGUAUGGCUCAGAACCUGAAGACUGCCAUAACCUUCAUCGAGCAGGGCCGUAUCCUUCAUCAUUUUCUGAUGCCCAUUGAAGACGAAAAAAAGAAAAACCACAUGAUGUUAAUUUUAACCUAUAAACUUUUCAGUGAAUCUGUGGCAACUGAAAUGUAUCGUUAUUAUGCAAUACUGUUAACUUACAGGAGUAUGGAAGACUUUGUCACAUGGGUGGAUUCAUCCAGGAUCAAACAACAUGUCAUGAACUACAAUGAUGAGCGAGAUGACUUUGACCUCAUUGUCUAAAUACAGUAAGAAAUUUGGAUUUCAACCAGAAAUGGUCAGUGCAUCAAGAGCAGCUGUUCGUUUGUUAUUCAUCAAAGAACAAAUGUAUAUAUUUACACUCUGUCAGACAUAAAUGACCGAUUAUCAUCU